GACAAGUGGGAAAAAAAUAGCACACGAAACGAAGCUCGCCACCACCAAAUCCGGGUCUAGGGUUUCCGCCUCCCGAACCUUGCGCUCGCCGACCGCCGCCAUGGGCUCCGGCGACGACGAGCGCUCCAGCUCCAAGCACCACCACCGCGACAAGGACAAGGACCGGGAGCGCGAGCGCUCCUCCUCCCGUCACCACCGCGACAAGGACCGGGACCGGGAGCGCGAGCGCUCGUCCUCGCGGCACCACCGAGAGGACGGCGACCGGGACCGCGAGCGCAACCGCCACCGGGAGAAGGACCGGGAUCGCGAGGAGCGAAAGGAGCGGGAGCGGGAGGAGCGCAAGGCGCGGGAGCGGGAGGAGCGGGAGAAGGAGCGGGCGCGGGAGGAGAAGGAGAAGGAGCGGGCGCGGCGGCGCGAGGAGAGAGACCGCGAGGAGCGGGACCGGUCGUCCAGGCGGCGCGGGGACGCAGACGGCGAGGACGAGGAGGACCGCGACCGCGACCGCAAGCGCCGCCGCCGGUCCUCGCACCACCACCACCGCGAUGCGGAGCCGGAGGCCGCGCCGCCCCGGGAGGAGGAGGCGGUGGACGACGAGGAGGCGGAGCGGCGGCGGCAGCGGAAGAAGGAGGAGGACAUGGAGGCCGAGCAGCAGCGGCUGGAUGACGAGAUGGAGCGCCGCCGCCGGCGCGUCAAGGAGUGGCAGGAGAAGCGCCGCGAGCAGCAGCAGCAGGAGCAGGACGGGGGUGGCGCUGGCGGUGCAUCCGCCGCGGCGACGGCUGAGGCCGAUGGCGCCAAGGAGGGCAAGAAGUGGACCUUGGAUGGGGAGGAGUCUGAUGAGGAAGGGGAUAAUGAGGGUGGCAAGAAGGCAGUGGAGAAUGGAGGAUCUGGUGACAUGGAUGUGGAUUUGCCGAAUGGGGGUGGCGAUGCCAAUGGCGGUGCUGGUAUGGAGGAGGAUGAGAUUGAUCCGCUCGAUGCCUUCAUGAACUCCAUGGUGCUGCCGGAGGUUGCGAAGCUGGAGAGUGCUGCGGCAGUAGUGGAUACCGCUCCUGCUGCAGGUGUGGAUGAUAAGAAUGGUAAGAGCGCAAAGGAUGCUGUUAGUAACGGGGAUAAAAAGGGGCCAAGGAGAGCGGUGGGGAGAAUUAUGCAAGGGGAUGAUUCAGAGUCGGAUUAUGAUGAUGGUGACGAUGAGGGGGCCGGAGAGGAGGAUGAGGAUGAUGAGGAGUUCAUAAAGCGUGUCAAGAAGACAAAGGCAGAGAAGCUAGCAAUUGUUGACCAUUCGAAGAUUGACUACCAACCAUUCAGGAAGAAUUUCUAUAUUGAGGUGAAGGACAUUACGAGGAUGACAUCUGAGGAAGUGGUGGCCUACAGGAAGGAGUUGGAGCUCAAGGUGCAUGGGAAAGAUGUGCCCAAGCCAAUAAAGACAUGGGUGCAGAGUGGGAUGACAAGCAAGCUCCUUGACACCAUCAAGAAGCUUGGUUUCGAAAAACCAAUGCCUAUCCAAGCACAAGCGCUGCCGAUCAUAAUGAGUGGACGUGAUUGUAUAGGAAUUGCAAAGACUGGAUCUGGCAAGACUCUAGCGUUUGUUCUCCCGAUGCUGAGGCAUGUCAAGGACCAGCCGCCUGUUGUUCCUGGAGAUGGCCCUAUCGGGCUUAUUAUGGCUCCCACCAGAGAGCUUGUAGUGCAGAUACAUUCAGACAUUAAGAAGUUCUCUAAGGUGCUCGGCAUCAACUGUGUUGCAAUCUAUGGAGGUUCAGGGGUUGCACAGCAGAUUAGCGAAUUGAAGAGGGGUGCUGAAAUUGUUGUUUGUACACCGGGAAGGAUGAUUGAUAUCCUUUGCACUAGCAGCGGAAAAAUAACCAACCUUCGCCGAGUUACCUUCUUGGUGAUGGAUGAAGCUGAUAGAAUGUUUGAUAUGGGUUUUGAGCCUCAGAUUACUCGGAUUGUUCAGAACACUCGGCCAGAUAGGCAGACAGUACUUUUCUCUGCCACAUUUCCACGGCAGGUGGAGAUACUGGCACGCAAGGUGCUAACUAAGCCCGUUGAAAUUCAGGUGGGUGGGAGGAGUGUCGUGAACAAAGAUAUCACACAACUGGUUGAGGUACGACCAGACAAUGAGAGGUUCUUCAGGCUGUUAGAGUUGCUUGGUGAAUGGUAUGAUAAGGGGAAAAUUCUUGUUUUUGUUCACUCACAAGAUAAAUGUGAUUCUCUCCUCAAAGACCUAUUCCAGCAUGGGUAUCCAUGUCUGUCUCUUCAUGGCGGUAAAGAUCAAACUGACCGUGAAUCAACUAUUGCUGAUUUCAAGAGCAAUGUCUGCAGCUUGCUUAUUGCUACUAGUGUUGCAGCUAGGGGUUUAGAUGUGAAAGAACUUGAGCUGGUUGUCAAUUAUGAUGUCCCUAACCAUUAUGAGGACUAUGUUCAUCGUGUUGGGCGAACUGGGCGUGCUGGAAGAAAGGGCUUUGCUGUGACUUUUAUUUCUGAGGAAGAGGAGCGGUAUGCCCCAGACCUUGUUAAGGCCCUGGAGCUCUCGCAGCAAGCUGUUCCGGAAGAUCUGAAAGCCCUAGCUGAUCGGUUUAUGGUGAAGGUGAAGCAGGGCACAGAGCAGGCCCAUGGCACAGGUUACGGUGGUAGUGGUUUUAAGUUUAAUGAGGAAGAGGAUGAAGCCAGAAAGACUGCAAAGAAGGCUCAGGCAAGGGAAUAUGGAUACGAAGAAGACAAGUCUGAUUCAGAUUCUGAUGAGGAAGGCGGGGUGCGUAAGGCGGGAGGUGACCUGGCAGCACAAGCUAUUGCCAAUGCUCAUGCUGCUGCUGCUUUGGUUGCAAACAAAGCUGCUAGUAAUGCUAACCAGCAAGUACCAGGAACUGCGUCAGUCCCCUUGAUUCCUUUACUUGCUGCAACUAACCAACAAAAUGAUGAAGCCACAGCUCGUGCACUUCAGGCUGCAAUGAACUUGCAACAAAAUCUGGCAAGGAUACAGGCUCAUGCAGUUCCAGAACACUAUGAGGCUGAACUUGAGAUUAACGAUUUCCCACAGAAUGCUCGCUGGAAGAUCACUCACAAAGAGACAUUGACUCCUAUUCAGGACUGGACUGGUGCUGCUAUCACUACAAGGGGAACAUAUAUUCCUCAAGGAAAAAUUGUUGGUGCAAAUGAGCGCAAGCUGUACCUGUUUAUUGAGGGCCCGACAGAGUCAUCUGUGAAGAAGGCGAAGGCAGAAUUGAAACGUGUUCUUGAGGAUUGUGCCAACCAAGCUCUGAAUCUUCCUGGAUCUGCUCAAACUGGAAAGUAUUCUGUUAUUUGAGUUACGGAGUGGCUAAUGGAAAGGCUAUGUAGGGUUUUUCUUGAUAAGCUUAUAAUGGCGCACCAAAGCCGUAGAUGGAUUGCUACUUCCAAGUGUUCGAGUUGUCUCCAGCAUAUAUUUUUUUGCUAACUUUUUUAUAAGGCAGCUAGUGGUUGGUUGCUAUCACAUGAUUAUUAUGAAAUUGUUUGGGGGUGUUUCGGCAAAAUCUACUGACAGGUUUGGUUACCUUUGGACAGAAGGCUUAGAACACUGGUGGUGGCUGGCCUGCUAGUGCCAUAACGCCAAGGAAGGCGCUCAGCUUUAUGGUGCGGUUUUGAAAGAGAUGGUUGUUAUGGAUACUGUUCUUAUUGUUCCACUUGAAAACUGAUCUGCUUGCUUAUGGAUAUUGUUCCCCCUUUUUAUGAGAGACAAUACAAAGAUUGUGUGACUGUGGUCUAAUUAAUCCAGGUUUCCGUAUUCAUUUGCCUGUCUGGAAGCUGAGAAGCUAUAGUUUUCUCUGUUGGUUUGGCUCUGUUUACUCUUAUUAUUUGUGCGGUCCGACUAGUGUUUUCUAUUUUGUGUUUAAAAAGGUGCCGUGAUGUUCUUGUUUUGGUCUUCAGAUGCCCUGCUGUUUGUUGCAAGUGGAGGACCAGGUAUGUUCUGCUGCUGGUCGUGGUGGCGGCUGACACGCUGGACUGCAGGCUCAUAGUAUGGUUCCAUUACCAUAACAUGCUUGUCCUUGAAUAUUAUGUUAUGACGAGGGAUGCUGCUUAUGAAAAACAGAUGAAACGGUAAAAUUUGGCUUGGUUUGGUUUCCAGAAUGAGUUAUGGAUGGUAUGGAGCCAAGUUUACUGUUUUUGUGAUGUCAUAUAUCUGCUUGUGUUCGAGUAAGAAUGUGAAUGAUAUGCCUGAAUGCAUGGUUUGUAUAGCACAGGAUGUAGCUGAUGGGUCUGGCUGGGAUUUAUGGGGUUGUAUUGUACCUUUGGUGCCUACCUCCAUGGCAACAUGUGGUUUUGCUCUUUAGGCCAUGUUUAGUUCCCAAAAAUUUUCAAGAUUAUCUGUCACAUUGAAUUUUUGGAACAUGCAUGGAGUAUUAAAUAUAGUUUAAAAAUAACUAAUUGCACAGUUUAGCUGUAAAUGAUGAGACGAAUCUUUUAAGCCUAAUUAGUCCAUGAUUGGACAUUAGUUGUCAAAUAAUAGCGAAAGUGCUACAGUUCCAAAAUACAAAAAUUUUCACCAACUAAAUAGGGCCUUAGAGUAUGAUGAAAUGGCAUGCUUAAAUUAUGAUGAGUCAUGAAUCACGUUUGACAUGACUCUGAUGUGGCACACGACGUUGACUAUGCUUUGCCUUUUCUUUUUUGAAAAUACACGUCUAACUUUGCUUCAAACUAUUUUGCUGGGCAGAUGUUCCCUCGCGUGAAUAUAGGCCUCCAGCCUAGAGAGACACCAACCGGUCCCCAAAAAGCCCUCUUGGAGUCUUGGUGUUAUAAGAUGUUUAUGGUUUAUGAAGUAAACGAUACUGGAACAUGUGGUUUUUUUCAUAUAUCAUACUCUGAUUUGAACUAUUGUUUCGUAAAUUAUUUUUCGGUCAUUUAUGAUUGGAGCUUGGAAAUGUAUGCUACGCUUUUCUUAUGCUACUGAUUUUCUA